UUAUUUUAUUUUCUUUAAAUAUCAUCAAACAGAGCUUCAUUCAGUACACUACUUCAAAACAGUGACCUCCUUCACUUGGACUCUUGUUUGGCUUUUCUCAGCAACCGCGUCAAUGAAUAAAGUUGUGCUAAGUGUGGAACUACAUGAUGACAAAAUUAAGAAAAAAGCCAUGAAGGUAGUCUCCAAUCUUUCAGGGGUUGAAUCAGUCUCAGUGGAUAUGAAAGAGCAAAAAUUGACCUUAAUUGGAGACAUCGACCCUGUGGUUGCAGUGGGGAAGCUGAGGAAGCUGUGUCACACUGACAUAGUCUCUGUUGGACCAGCCAAGGAGGAGAAUAAGGGAAAGAAUAAUAAGGAGGAGAAAAAGAAGCCAGCAGUAGCAGAGAAUCAAAAUCAUCAGAACUUGGAUGAUAUGGUGAAGGCAUACGAAGCCUACCACCACAUGCAUAAUCAGAUGAGGCAACCGGCUUAUUAUUACAUAAGUGUGGAAGAGAAUCCUAAUGCAUGUGUCAUUUGCUAAGUUCAUUUUAGAACAUCAUAGUACUCAAAAGAAAUUAAGUGUAGAAAACUACAUGGUUGUUCCAGGGUUGUAGUGGUGCAUUUGAAUCUCAGCUUUCCUUUCUCUUUCUUAUUUUGUUGUUAAUUUGUUAUUAUAUAUAUAUACACUUUAUUAUCAA